AUGGCUGUUGUCGCAACCAUCAAGUGCGUUGUCGUCGGUGACGGUGCUGUGGGCAAGACAUGUCUCCUCAUCAGCUACACUACCAACAAGUUUCCCUCGGAAUACGUCCCGACCGUCUUCGACAACUAUGCCGUUACCGUUAUGAUUGGUGAUGAACCCUACACCCUCGGACUCUUCGAUACAGCCGGUCAAGAAGACUACGACAGGCUCCGACCCCUCUCUUACCCCCAGACCGACGUCUUCCUCGUCUGCUUCAGCGUCACCUCGCCCGCCUCGUUUGAAAAUGUUCGCGAGAAGUGGUUUCCUGAGGUCCACCACCACUGCCCCGGCGUCCCCUGCCUCAUUGUCGGUACCCAGGUCGACCUGCGCGACGACCAAGGAGUUAGGGAAAAGCUGGCUAAGCAGAAGAUGGCCCCCGUGCGCAGGGAGGAUGGAGAGCGCAUGGCCAAGGAGCUAGGUGCUGUCAAGUACGUUGAAUGCAGUGCUCUUACCCAGUACAAGCUCAAGGACGUUUUUGACGAGGCCAUCGUCGCCGCUCUGGAGCCGCCGGCGCCCAAGAAAAAGUCCCACAAGUGCCUGAUCCUCUAA